AUGGACAGAAGGAGCGGCGUGUCGGACUUCAGCAUGGAGCGCAUCCUCUCCCCACAGUUCGGACACAAGACCUCGGUGAUGGAGUUUCCACCAGGAGGUUGUCUCCAGAGGAUCCAAGACGGAUUCAGUUUGGACUCCGGGAACAUCAGACCUCCUGCGCCGGUCCUGGUGCCGGUGCCGGUUCCAGUGUCAGGCUGCCUUCAGUACCGAGGGAUGAGCUUCGGAGAGGCGUUGUACCCGUGCGGAGCCGGUUUCCAUCACACAGACUUCAGCAUUUAUCCAAACUUACAACAAGGAGCUCACGUGCAUUUCAGCAGCAGCCAGGACUCUGCAGGUGCUCAACAGUUUGCAAGUCACCAUGGUUACCAUCAAGCUGGGAUGCUGGCGCAGUCGCGUCAGAAGGCCCGGAUGAGGACGGUGUUCACCGACAGUCAGACCAAGCGACUCGAGGCGCUGUUCGAGCUCACCGAGUAUCCAGCAGUUGAGGCACGCGCUGAGGUGGCGAGGAGCACCGGCCUGAGCGAGGAGACGGUCAGGGUGUGGUUUAAGAACCGCAGAGCCAGGAGGAAGCGACAGCACAGCGGGUCGAAGGUCAAAUCCCCCUCCUCUCCCACCAGAGCUGGAGCAGAGAAGAAGUUCUUCACCUCCUUCCUCUGA